AUGAACAUCUCAACAGCAAACAGCUCUUCAGUCUCUGACCUCAAUGCGCAAGGCACAUCCAUCGUCACUGCUUCCUGCGCCAUCAACCUCAUCCUGAGUGUCCCAACCAAUGGCUACGUCCUGUGGCUGAUAGCGACCGGAGCUGGAGGGAGGAUGGCCUCAGACUUCUUCUCUCUCAACCUGGCCUUGUCCGAGAUCCUCGUCUGCCUUUCUUCUGUCUUCUUCAUUGUCAGCACACACGUCAAAACAACCGCAGUCUUCGUUCUUGUGACAUUUGGCAUUAGUUUAUUGUACAUUGGUCGACCACUGUUUCAAAGCUGUGUCUGUGUGGAGCGCUACCUUGCAGUGGUCCACCCUGUGGUCUUCCUGAAGUACAAACCCCUGAGAUACAGGGUGGGGUGUUGUGGUGUUGCCUGGCUGAUGGUUUUGGGGGACUGUUUGUUCGGUGUGCUUCUGUGUGGAACGUCUAUAUAUAACUACGCUUACUCGGGUCAGAACCUCAUCCUGAUGUUCCUGAUGUUGUUCUGCUGCCUGUCAGUUCUCAGGGCUCUGAAACAACCCGGUCCGGGGGAGGGGGACAGGGAGAGGGAGGGGACAAAUAACAGGAAGAUGAGGGCGUUUAAGAUCAUUUUGAUUAUCCUGGUGUCCGUGUCGGUGAGUUACCUCCCUGUGAUUGUAAUUAUGUCUUUGUCUGAUGUCCUCAAUGUUGUUGCACUGUACUUCUCACAUUCCAUUGCUUUGUCCAUCACUGUGAUCACUGGGUUUGUGCAGCCCCUUCUCUUCCUCCAUAGGUCUGAGAAACUGCCCUGUAUCGGUCCAGGGGAGGGGGACAGGGAGAGGAGGAGGUGA